GCCCGGCCGCCGAGUCCCGUCUCCAGGGGUUGUCCUUCCUGGGCCGCGGCCGAGCUGUCCCCGCCCAGCUCGCGCGGGUCCCGGGCUCCGGCUGACCCCGAGGGCCCUUCAGGAGCCAUGGCCGGGGUGCAGAGAGAGCUGCUCGGGCACGUGGGCGAAGAGGGGGCUGUGGAAAAGUUUGUGCUGAAGUCAGACAAGGUGAAAGUGGAGCUCCUCUCCUUAGGCUGCAUAAUCACUGCGCUGGAAACCAGAGGCAGGGAUGGCCAAGCCUCCGACAUUGUUGUGGGCUUUGAUCAUUUACAAGGCUAUGUCAACAAACACCCCUACUUUGGAGCAGUCAUUGGGCGUGUUGCCAACAGAAUUGCUAAAGGGAAAUUUAUUCUGGAGGGAAAGGAAUAUCAAUUAGCCAUCAACAAUAAGCCCAACAGCCUUCAUGGAGGAACAAAAGGAUUUGACAAGGUUCUCUGGACCCCCGAGGUGCUGCCAAAUGGUGUUUGCUUCUUCCGAAUAAGUCCAGAUGGUGAGGAGGGAUACCCUGGUAAACUGAAGGUUUGGGUGACAUAUACACUAGAUGGUGGGGAAUUAGCAAUCAACUACAGAGCUCAAGCCAGCAAGACUACUCUGGUUAACUUGACAAACCACGCUUACUUCAAUCUAGCAGGCCAGGGCUCGCGUGAUAUCUAUGACCACGAGGUUUCCAUUGAAGCAGACUCUUACCUGCCUGUGGAUGACAAUCAUAUUCCCACCGGAGAAGUGGCUGCGGUGCAGGGAACAGGCUUUGAUCUUAGGCAGUCUGUGGAGGUUGGGAAUCACCUGAAGAAGUUCCAGCUUGAUGGCUUUGACCAUAACUUUUGUCUGAAGCAGUCAGCGGCUCGGCAGUUCUGUGCAAGAGUUCACCAUCCCCGCAGUGGGAGAACCCUGGAGGUCUACACUACACAGCCAGGGGUCCAGUUUUACACUGGAAAUGCUUUGGAUGGCUCUCUGACAGGCAAGGGUGGCGCAACAUAUCCCAAGCACUCUGCCUUCUGCUUGGAAACCCAAAACUGGCCAGAUGCAGUCAACAAGCCCCACUUCCCAGAUGUGCUGCUGCGGCCAGGAGAGGAGUACAAUCACACAACUUGGUUCAGGUUCUCUGCAGCUUGAGGAAAGUCAGCUCAGUACCCAAAAGCAAACAAACAGCAAUAUGUGCUCCAUACAUUAAGGAAAAAAUCCACUAAAAAUGGUGGAAGGAUCUUCCAAACUACAACAGUGUUAGGCAGAUGUGACAGAGGCAGGGACUUUCGCUGCCUGGGGAUGGGUUGGUAGAAGCAACUAUGGUUGCUUCUCUAUGUUAACUUGACUGUUUCCAUGGAAACCACUGGCAAAACUCUGGUUGCCUCCAGUGAGCGAGGGAAGUAGGCCGGCAGUGAGUGCUUUUGAAAGGCUCCCCCCAACAGCCGUAGUCACCGCUAAAUAUCUUUUCUGUCACUGACAGGAUCAAAACCAGUGAGCUGUCUUUAGCUAUCACCAUAGCCCACUUUCUCCCCUGGCAUUGAGUUAAAUCCUGUCUUUGGUGCAAUGUGAAGCCUCCAAGUCAUCCUGCUCCCCCACACACUUGUCAGGUUGCUCCUGCUAUAUUUGCUAUUAUUAUUUGCUAUUGCUAUUAUUUCCACUAAUUGAGUCCAAAAUAAACCCUUAAUUUUGUAAUGCCCAGAAAUGGACCAAAAAUAAUCAACCCAUCAUUCCUUUUUCUGAGCUGUCCCUGACUGUCCAUCCUCCCUGGCUCUGUCUGAUCUGUCUGGUCUAAUCUGGAAAGUUUUACCUAUACCUGGGUUAGGUAAUGUUUUACCAGUAAGUACACCAGUAGAACCCCUCAUAUGGGCCUACAAGUGACUCACACAGGCUGUUCCUCUUCUUGUCUAGGUAUAGUUAAACAAUACAACAUACUAGUUUAAGUAUAACUAGUACAUUUGCCCCUAGGGACAGAUGUUCUAGCUCCUGUAAGUAGGAACUAAAGCCAGUGGAACUAUGUGGAUGAAGGACUGAAGGGGCUACUCACAGGUACAAGGAUUUGUAGGACCAGGUGCUUUUGAAAUAAGCAAAGCCAGCCUUCUCUUUCAACAAAUAAUACUCACAGAUGUAAUCUCAACAUGCACCUUGUUCUGGCCUGAAGGAGACAGCUUUGUGAAGAUUAAAAUCAGCACAUCUCUGUUUCUUUAGACCAGUGCUGUCCAACUUCUAAGCAGUUGGGGUCUGCGCCAGCAAAGGCAAUGGAUCCCCACUUCACUACAGGAAAUGAAGGACCUGUGUGAACCCCCCCACUUUCACUGUGCCACGUGCAUGUGCCUUUCCCUGUCCUAGCCCUCAGCACCCCAGCUGCAGGCCCCCUGGUGCUGUGCUGCUUCAUCUCCUGAAGGGGCAAGAAGCAGAAAGCAGAGAAAGGAAGGGGAGCCCAAAGCCCCAAGCUGCUGUAGGCAGAGCAAUAGAGUGAGUGGCAGUUGAGUGAGAGCCUGGGGGCUGCACGUGGCCUGGGAGCUGUCAGUUGGGUAGCCCUGCUCUAAGCUUAUGUUAUAUUCACUUCAUUCCUAUGACUGAUCACCACCUCAGUGCGCUUCCCUAGGCAAGAUCUUUAUUGCUCGCUUUCAUUUUACUCCUUCAGUGAAAAAACAACUUGUAGCUUGCAGAUGCCCCAGACCCAAAGUGCAAAGCCAUGAAGUGUCCAGUGGACAGGGUGGGAGUUGUAUAUGUAAAUGCAGCUUUGCCAUCCUGUCUUCCUGGUUCCGAUUUUUCCUGCCCAAGCCCCAGCUUUUCUAAGCUGUGCUGGCUGCCAGGGCACCUGUUACCAAAAUUCUGUUCUGCUAGUGCUCACAGACUGUGAUCAAAUCACUCACAGGCCUGCCAGCCAUGGGAAAGGAGCACUCUACCUGGCAGCUGUGCUGGCAGGGACAGUCAGAGGAAAAAGGAGCAAUGCAGCAGUACACCUGAGCUCUUCCACUACCCAGACCCCAUUCAUGGAAUCCAGCUCUGAUUUCAGCUCCACGGGGCCAGCCCAAGUCCUCUACAAACACUCCUAUAACUUUGGUCACAGGGUGAUGAAACAGGAAGUAGCUUUCAGUCAAGGAGCUGUCAGUCAGGCCCUUCAUUUUCUGUACCAUCCUCUUAUCUCCCUCUCACACAGUCUGUUUCUUCCAGCUCUUCUUCUUGUUGCUCAGUUUUCUUCCAUUUGAGAUUUUCCUCCAGAUUGGUGAGUCUUAAAAGGCAGCUGAUUUUCACUUGGGCCUGAUGUGACUUUCUGUAUAGACAAGCUUCAAGGGAGCUGCAUUUUUAAACUUCACAGCUUGAAGGAGGAUUGAGCCGGCUGAGAAACUUUUUAGAUGCAGGUCAAUUUCAGAUACAACAUGGGCAUUAACAAUAACCCCCACUAUUCCUCGUGGUCAAAGCAUACAGCUAGUUGGCUGUAUCAGACAGCCCAAACCAGUGUGCUAAGACAGCUUUGAGUACUUCUGCACUUCAGGAUAUCUGCACAUUCAGACUCACAUUCUUGUUGAUGUCACCCUUUUGCUCUGAAAGUAUCAGCUGCCACUGUAGCUGCACAAUAGCACCAGAAGUCACCACUGCUCCCAUGCCUUCCACUGCCCCAGGUGUCUGGCUACUUUGUUACACCUCUGCAGCCAGUCAUCUACGGACAUUGUUCCUGUGUGUUCUUACCAAUCUGUUUUCCAGAUGGCACUUGGUUGUUCUGUUUGAUAUUUAACAUCUCAUUUUCCUCCUGGACUGUCCCACACAGACAGCACAGCCUGACCAGCUCUAUACUGCCACCUCCCCCUUGCCAAAAUUACUGUUUGCUCCUACUACACAGCAAGGAAGGGAGCACUUACACACCUUGAGUGCAUUUGGUGGGGGUACUCCACACUUCCAGCCCUAGUAAGAAGACUAGUUCCCAUUACAAUGCUCACCCAGGUAUUCAUGGGGUCAAGAUGAGCAUCAGGAGUGCACCCAACACCUCAAACAGUGCUGCCCAAAGGCCCAGACCCCUGGCAAUGUUCCCAUGUUGUGCCUUGGUGACACAGCAAAGUGAGGCACUUGCCAGUACUGACCUUAACCACCUCACCCAAUCCCCUUCCUCUAAAAGGGGGUUGGUUCCUUUACAGCAAGGAAUAGGUUUGUGGAGGGCUCCCAGGAUGUGGCUGUGACUACAGCAUCUCCAUCUAUGGUUAGCUCUGAGCAGCCUGCCACACAAGAUGUUCCACCAGAUGUCCUGGGAGAAUUCCCAGGGAUAUAUCUGGCCAGCAAUAGAGCCAGAAGAAUCAGAGUAUCAGUCCAGUAACUGACCAGCUAUAUUUGUUUUAUAAAAAGUGGUGGUGGAAGAAGAGGUUUCCUGGAAGGUGGCCAAUUAAUUCAGUUGAGAGGAUUUUGGCUUUGCUAAGAUUUGAUUGGCUUUAGCUAAGGGUAGAAGUCAUGGAAAGUGGUUAUGCAACCUUGUUCACCACCUCUCUACAUUGCACCCAUUGCCACAUGCCUCAAGACACCCACCUUAUGAAAUGCACAAACUAAAGGGGAAGUAUUUCAAACGAUUGCUUUUUAUAUUUUAAUGAUGCUAACUUGGCCACUUGCCUCUCAGAAGGCACAGACAAGACCAAGGAUGUUUUUCUCCAAUGCAUCGUCAUAGUUUGUAAAACUGCCUUUUUCACAAAUGAGAGUUGAGACACAUGCAUGGAGCUGUGACGUUAGCUGCAAACUAUACCCACCACCCAGCAGCAAACGUUUGUCAGUGCUAAAAGCCACCAGCAGUCAGCUCUGUCCUUGCAACUGCUUUUCCCUGUACACUGUCCCAGGGGAGGGGGUUGCUGAUGGUUUUUGGUCAAAGAGCUUCUAGCACAUUUCCAAUCUGUGGGGAAGUCACUGAAUCCCUCAAUGUCAAAGUCCAGUGUUUUUGGCUCUGUUGCCCCUUUCCUGUGGUCGUUCAACAGGCAUUGGUCCAGAACUAUCAGUCAAAUGGUGGUUACCUCAGCAGCUUAUCAGGGUUCUUAGUAAGUGGAGAACUAUGUGUAAACUGAUCUGGCAAAAAGAAAAUUGCCCUUAGCCAAUGCAGUCCACAAAAUUAAUCAGGCACAAAAUACCCUCAACUGCAUUAGCAAUCUCACUCCAGGAUAUCAAAAAAAAACAACAAAAAAAGCAGCACUUUAACAGGCUGCACUUUAAACACCCUGUCCUAGGACAGGGUGUUUGCCAGUCAUCAUCUAUCAGCCUCGAUGACACACCUCUCAAGGCAGUGAACAAGUUCUGCUACCUUGGAUCCACAGUGAGUGACAACCUGUAACUGGAUGAAGAGCUAAAUGUAUGCAUUGGAAAGGCUGCUACCACUUUGAAUAAGCUCUUUAAAUGAGUCUGGAACAACCCAAAACUUACACUCAAAACUAAGCUGUUUAUGUACAAAGCCUGCAUCCUCCAUGUCCUUACGUAUACCAGUAAGACAUGGUCAACAUAUGCAUAUCAAAAAAAGAAGCUGGACAGCUUCCACCUAUGCUGCUUACAGCACAUCCUUAACAUCAAGUGGCAAGACACAAUCACCAACAUAGAAGUGGCUGCCAAAGUCAACCUGCUAACCAUCAUGCUGCACUCCUUAAACAGCAGCAUCUACGCUGGCUUGACCAUUUCUUUAGGAUGGAAGAUGGGCGCAUCCCAAAGAACAUCUCAUAUGGGCAAAUUGUAGGUGGGGAGAGAAGAGUAGGAUGCCUGAAAUUGCUUCAAAGGCACCUGGAAAGCAGGAUAUGAAGGCUUCUGGAAUCAACGCAAACCUUUGGGAGGCCUUAGCAGGAGACGGGACAAAGUGGCAUUCCCUUAAUCAUGGAGUCCAACUUCACAAGGAAUGGUCACUCAAAUUACAACAAAAACAUGACCGAGGAAACAGCUGGUCAGUACAGUAGCCCCUAACUCUAUGUAUACCUGUAACCACUGUGGUAGGACCUGCAAGUCUAAUAUUGGUCUCUACAGCCACGAAAGAAAAUGCACCACCAACCAGUAGAAUAGCUGCAAUAUCCACCAUCACUCGCUGAUGAACAAAUGCCAUUAAUGUAUCAAAUCAUAUUUUUUUUUAGUAUCCAGCCAUAAGAUAAAUAGCUCAUGCAUUAGCAACUGAUCAUUCAUUCCAAAUGCUAGGUACAGUAUAGAAGUGAGCACAUACAGAAUCCCCAGCGUUCUAUUUCUGGGCCUGUACUGCUUAUAGGGGCACUUUCUAGUUGUGUGAAAUGGUUAAGGCAAGGUUAUUAAACAUACAGCCCACCAGCCAAUUUGGUCUGUGAACCUUCUCCAUCCAGCCCACUAGGCUACCAGAGGGCACUGGAAGUUGGGUCUUUUGGCCUCAGUGAGCAUGGCCACUGGUAGCAAGCUUGGCUCACUGCAGCCAAACCCCAUACUUUUGCUUCCCCCACCACCUCCUGCACCACCCCUGCCAAAACCUGUCAUCACCCGACCCUGUAUCUCAUGCCUGCCAAACCAUGCACCCCCAUUGCUGGACUCUGCACUGCUCCUUCUGGCCCUGUGCCACCACCUCAUCAUAGCUGCCACUGCAGCAGCCUUUGUCCCUGGGUUUGAUUUGGCCCACAAGGAGCCCCCCAGUCUCUAUCUGACCUGGGGCCCAAGGUGAGUUUGACACCUUUGGAUUGAAGAGUCUCUUGGUCCACUCUAUUAGAAAGUGUUCCCCUGCCUUUGUAGCUGUCGCACACCAAGCAGGAGAUCACAAUCAUAACCUGUUAUGAGGACAUAAUUUGGAAGGGAAUAAAGUUCCAGUUGUCCAAGCAGGUAAAUGCUGGGCCUGUGCGAGUAGGCAGCUAUUUGAUCCAGCUUCAGAUCUGGCCGCUUUGGAUGCCAGGGAUCCGAUCUGGAGCUCCGGACCGGGUUCCCGCUUUGAUCCGGCCAAAGCAGCUCUGAAGCUUCAGAGCCACCUCGGAGAUCCAGCCAUAGGGUAUAACGGGGAAUCAAUGAAACAUCUGUAACUUUGUUGUUUUUUGUCGGAUUUCAAUGAAACUUGCAGGGGUGGAAGCCUCUGCUGAGAGCAUGAAGCCUGUCAAGUUUCAAGAUCAGUUCAGGGAUUUUGGGGGAACUGUACCCCAAAUUCUUGAAAGCAAAAUUCAUGUCACGUCACCAGGGGGGGAGGGGGGCAUGAAAACUACAGGGUGGGGGUUGCUCCGGGUGAUGCCACGAAGCCUGCCAAGUGUCAAAAUCGGUGCAGGGAUCUGGGGGGAACUGCACCUCAAGCUACUGACAGGCAAAACUCGUGACAUAGAUGAUCACGUGUAUUAAGGCGCAGCAGGCUGAAAACUGCAGGGUGCUCAGGCCACGAAACCUGCCAAGCUUCAAGGAGAUAAAUACAGGGGUUUGGGGAAAACUGCACUUCAACCUGCGGACAAGCAAAACUUGUGACAUGGGUGACACUGUGUUUAAGGUGCAGUAGGCUGAAAGCUGCAAGGAUGGUGGCCCCUGCUGAGGCCACAAAGCCUGCCAGCUGUCGAGAUCAGCGCAGGGGGGUUCUGGGGCCCUGCACCUCUAGCUGUUGACAGACAAAACUCAUGACAUGGGUGCUUGUGCAACUGACCAUCUGUCUUGGGGCAGUUGAUUGUCCGUAUUGAUUCUUUCCUCUCCUUAGUCUGUGGCUUUGUAGGUGUUAAUUGUUGCCAAUUAACUGGUUACAUUAACUAGCAACUGUGUAUUGAGCUGGUCCGAGUGAAUCAUGACAGAUUGGUAACUGGUAACAUAGCUUAGCAGUCAGGCCUGCAGUAGUUCCCCUGCCCCCCAAGACACACAGUUGCACAAGCACCCAUGUCAGGAGUUUUGCAUAUCAGUAGCCAGAGAUGCAGGGUCCCAGAACCCCCCUGCACCUACCUCCUUAACAGCUGGCAGGCUUCAUGACCACAGCAGGGGCCACCAGCCCUGUUUUCAGGCCACACACAGGGUCAUCUAUGUCAUGUUUUGCUCGACAGUAGCUUGAGGUACAGUUCCCCCCAAAUCCCUGCACCUAUCACCUUGAAACUUGGCAGGCUUUGUGGCCUCAGCAGGGGCCCCCCCACCCUGCAGUUUUCACCCCACUGUGUUAUAAUACAUAUAUGUGACGUUUGCUUUCAAGAAUUUGGGGUGUUCCCCCCAAACCCCUGCACCAAUCUUGAAACUUGGCAAGCCUCACGCUCUCAGCAGAGGCUACCAGCCCUACAAAUUUAAUCCAAAUCAGACAAAAAACAACAAAGUUAUAGAUAUUUUAUUGUUUCCCCAUUAUACCCUAUGGGCAGAUCUCCGAAGUGCUUCAGAAAAGCCUAACGAAACCAGUGCUUCGAUCCGGACAUGCUGCUUUGGACGCCGAAGCACGGUUUGAAGCCUCGCACAAACCUAGUAAAUGCCAGACCUUUCCAGAGUCCUGUCAUCAUGCUCUUUACCAGCGCUCAGUGGUGCUUGUGAACAUGUCCUUCUGGCCCAACCACCCCUUAAAACAAGAGUAGCACAUUUUAGCAUUUAAAAUAUUCACUGGUUCUUUGAGGGUGGGGGCAAAGUAAAGACAGAAACUAAUGAAAGCCGCCAUUGCAGUUUGGGCAUUUCCAGGGGGAGAUCCAAAGCAGGUGGAGUGCUGCAGUCACACCCACCAUUGGAUUCCUGCUGCACCCAAAGUUUAAAACCAACUGCCUGACAGUGGAAGCAGCAUUUCUACUUGGGCAGCAGUUGACUUCAUGGCUUAUUGUAAUUUACCCAAUUCCUUCAUUCCACAGAUGUUAAUGUCUCUCUCCUUUCUUAAUGGUUUCUUCUACAAUUCUGCUACCUGUUAGAAGCUACAUUAUCAGAAGCAGCUAUUUCACAGCCCUCCAGACUGUUUUUGACUCCAGUGAAAAAUAUGAACCCAGGUGUAGAAACAAACUCAGGUGAACAUCAAACUCAGUUCUGGAAAUAAAUUUUCAGGGAAACAUUGCACUGUCAACAUUCAUAAAACAAAAUCUAGCUUUUCUUAAGUAUCUAAUAGAGAUGUAGAUUUAAUUCUGAAGACAACAGGUCUAUGGAAACAACAUAUUUUAUGUAUUUUUGCCUAGUUUGUUGCAUUUUUUAUACAUAUGAUACAGCAAAUUAAUACACAUUCCAAUGAUUUUGAUUCAAUGUUAAACUGAAUAAUAAAGCCCUGGGCCCAUUUUAGCAAA